AUGUCCGGCAGUGCCAGAAUCGCAGCCAGCUCAGUGAAUUGGGCCAAAUUGGGUUUGUCUUUAAGAAUAUCCUCAUGUUGGAGUGUUCUUCCACGUUUAUGGACACUACACCAGGUUGACUUCAACGCUCUUAAGAAGCAAAUGCCAGCUCACUCUGCGAUUUUGGACUCGCUUCAGAAGCAGUUGGAAUCCAUCAAAAUCCCGUAUGGAGAAAUUCCUAAAAAGUUUCUCCAAGAGAUCGAUCACUGGACUGAGUACAAUAACGAGCGCAUAAAAUUCCAUGAUAUUAAAGUCGCUGAUGGCCUGGAAGAAGCGAAGAAGGUGGAGGCUAAAUGGGCUUCCGCUCCUCCCGUUGAGCAUUUCAACCGUCAACAUUUCGUCGAGUACUUUCCUCAGGAGUUUUAUGAUCUACGUUAUCAAAACAGGUAA